UGUCAACUACACCGACAUUGAACACAGAUCAGCCACACCAUAAAACUCUGCUCUCAAUCAUGGCAAUGCAUCUAUUCUCGUGCUGUUGGCGAGGUCGACGGUGUCCUUCGCCGUGUCAGUCAUCUCCUGCACACACACAAAGGCAAUGACCGAUGGAUGGCCCACCCACCCACUCCACCGAUGAGUGCAGUGCGGCCCCCACACACUCACCAGUGCCCAUGUGUGGUCGGCCUCGUAUUUGUUAUCGUCGGUGCGGAAGCUGAAUGUGUAGCAGUAGUGCUGGUCCCGACAAAACGGCUCAGCCGGACCUGAGUGACAAAACACACACGUCCACACACGUCCAACCAUCCAGAAUCAAUCAGGCAGCCUCCCUGUCGGUGAGCGAACCAACCGGUGAUUGAUGUGUUCCAGGUGGAGAUGUAUUGCAAGUCAGGCUUGUUCGACACCAACAGAUGCUCCUGCAGCCAACCAGCCAGGAGCAACACACAAGAGGGAAUGCCCGGUGGUGCUGUCUCUCUCUGUCCAGUGCAGUGGAUACGGACGGACAAGUGUCCCCCGCAGCCACGGGUUGUCCUGGAAGUUGAGUGUCUUGAGCCGAUCCCACUGCACAGCACACCAUGAACAGGAAGAGAGAGACAGAAGCGCCUUAAGAUGCACACAUACAUAACAUACGUCUUUUGCGAAGUCAGUGGGCAGCGUGUCGUUGAUGGCGUUGUAUGCGAGAUUGAGAUCCCGAAGGUUCCUCAGCUCAUUCAAACUCCUGCAGACGGGACGGGUGGCUGGCUGUGGGGUGAGGCAUCCCUCCCUCCCUCCCUCCCCUGCCUGUGUCCAGCUCACCCCCUGAGAGUUGCGAUUGAGUUGCCCUGCAGCUCUAAUGUCUCCAAAUUCGUCAAGUUGCCUGACAGCAUGGGUGGGUGAGAGGUUUUGGGUGAGAGACACGGAGUAGUGCAGGGUGAUGUAUGUGUGCAGACCGAGCGAGUCAGGGAGGCUGGCGACUUUGUUGUUGGCCAGCGAGAGGAUCUCCAUCUGGUGGGUGGCCGUCCCGAAGGCAUCAGGCAAGUAACUGCCAUCACGUCACGCACACACGGACAGACGCACACACCCGAUGCCUCCCCCCAUGUGCCGAACAGCCAAGCCCACCCACUUGAUGGAGUUUGAUGAGACGUCGAGUACCCUCAGCUCAGUGGCGUCCUCAACACUCAUGGGAAUCGGACCCACAAUCUCAUUCCUGUCAGACAGAGAUAUAGACAGGCACCAGACACAUAAUGCAUUAGCUUUGACGCACACCCACCUCCCUCCCCCGCCGACGCACCGAUUCUCAUUGACGACGUUAUUGAACUCUUGGGCCGUCGAUGCGAUGCACAGCCGACGCAAAAAUCUGAACGCCCUGAAAAAGUCCAGUGGGAACCUGGCAGACAGACAGACAGACGGACCCUUUGGUGGUUUCAGUCAUGGUGGGCUUGGCGCAUGCGCUUACGCUCCCCGAAGACGGUUGUCCACCAGCUCGAUCUCGGUGACGUACCCCUCGCCGUUGCACGUCACACCGUACCAAUGCUCCUGACCGCACACAAGACAAGAAUAACCAACACCUGCCCUCAGGCAUGCGCCUCGACGGCCGCACCCUGCAGGGGUCUGAGUAGAUGAUGAACCCCUGUUGUAUGGCCGUCCACCGCCUCUCCCAGCCCUCAUUAACCCGCCAGUUGGGCCCGUCCAUACUGCCAAAGAACUCCAUCAGCAUGUCCGUCUCACCGCCCCUCUCCUCAGCCUUGGCCUGGAUGGCCGCCUCCUCCUGCGGCGUCGUCAAGCCACCGCCGAAGAUCUCCAGUGGCUGAAAGGCGAACUGCCGGGAGCAGCCCAUGGGCACGGCGGUUGUGACGGGACAGGUGGCGUCGAAGGGCAUCUUGGCCUUCUGCCCGCGGUGCCAGCUGCCGUCGGAGAGCAGCAGCCGGUGCUCGUCCUCCCGGAACACCUCGGCGGGCUCCGAGGGAAGCAUUCUCAGUGCAAAGAGGGAUAGAGAGGCGAGUAUCGGCAGCCGUCUCGAAGGGCGCAUCCCUCAAGCAGACGAGCAGAGAACGAACGCGGCCGAGAGAAGAAUCCAG